UUGGGAUUUGGGCUUCGAUCUCUGCUUACAAUUGGAUUUUCGAUUUGGGUCGUUGGGGUUUGAAUUUGGGCUUAAAAUCUGAAUGCCAACGACAUGUUUUUCUGUCAUUUCAUCCCGUUUUUCGAACUCGGUAACUCGGUCUCAAACUCGCGAGUCUGGUACGAGUCAGCGAGUUAACUUCGAGUUUGAAAAAUAACGAGUUUAUAUGCGAGUUAACUCGUCAACAGUGUCAUGACUCGCAGACUCGUACGGGUUUACGAGUCAACCCGCGAGUUCGAUAUCCUUGGCUGGAACUGUAGCUUGUGGACUCUUUUUUCUUAUUUUUGUUAAGAGUUUGUUUCAGGAAUGGAAAAGUUUCAGAGUAUACAUUCUGGGUAGUUUAGACAUAAGUGACAAAAUCCAUUUAUGUUUCAAUAUUUGAUCUUUUCUAGGUGUUGCUGCUUGUGGACUCUUUUCUCUUAUUUAAAUUUGGAAUGUCAGGAGGGGAAAAGUUUCAGACUAUAAAUUCUAGGAAUGGGAAAGUUUCAGAUUAUUUUUGUGCUCAAUUGUUCUCUGCAAACUUACUUGAAUGUGGGGGUUUUAUCAAUGUGUGUUACCAGUACUCAUCCAUAAACACUUUGAAUCCUAACACAACAACCAGAAUGUUGUCUAAAAGAAAGCCACUUUACAGAUUCCCGUUCAUUCCUGUGUCUGUCCUUCUCAUAUGCCUAUCCUUCUUGUUUUUGUAUCAUUAUUAUGUGAAACCUAGUUCUCAGAUCUCUAGAUUUUCCAAUAUUUCAACAUCCCAUACCCCUCAAUGCUCCAGCCAAGCCCUCACCUUAGGGGAGAAAUUCAUGUGGUAUGCACCUCACAGCGGGUUCAGCAACCAACUUUCAGAGUUCAAGAAUGCUAUCCUAAUGGCUGGUAUACUGAAUCGAACUUUGGUGGUUCCUCCUAUUCUGGAUCACCAUGCUGUUGCUUUAGGUAGCUGUCCAAAGUUUCGGGUUGUAGAUCCAGAGGAUAUUCGGAAAUCUGUUUGGGAUCAUGUGAUUGAGCUUGUCCAAAGUCGAAGGUAUAUAUCCAUUGCUGAAAUUAUUGACAUCUCAUCAUUAGUUUCUUCCUCUCUUGUUCGAGUGAUUGAUCUUAGGGAUUUUGUGUCGAUAUGGUGUGGCAUCAGCUUAGAUUUGGCUUGCGUAACAGAUACAAAAUUGCAUUCCCCUGUUUCUAAAAGCCUUAACCAAUGUGGAUCUCUGCUAGCUGGGCUCCAUGGUAGUAUUGAAAAGUGUAUAUAUGCUGUCAAUGACGAUUGCAGAACUACAGUUUGGACUUACAAUGAAGAUGGGCAUGGAGACGGCAUGUUAGAUUCUUUUCAACCCGAUGAAAAACUGAAGCAGAAAAAGAAAAUAUCAUAUGUUAGGACACGGAAGGAUGUAUUUAAGACUCUAGGACCCGGUUCUGAAGCUGAAUCAGCCUCGCUGCUGGCAUUUGGAACCCUUUUCUCUGCCCCAUACAAAGGUUCUGAAUUAUAUGUGGAUAUCCGUGAGUCUAAUCAGAAUCAGAGAUUUCUAUCUCUGAAGGAGGAGACUAAACUUCUUUCCUUUGUCCCAGAAAUCUUGAUAGCUGGAAAGGAGUUUGCUAAGCAAACCAUAAGGGCUCCAUUUCUUUGCGCUCAACUUAGAUUGUUGGAUGGGCAGUUUAAGAAUCAUCAAAAGGCUACAUUUCAAGGAUUAAAGCAAAAACUAGAAUCUUUGAGGAAGGAAGGUACUCUACCAAUUCAUAUUUUUAUAAUGACUGAUCUUCCGGGAGAUAAUUGGACUAAUACUUAUUUAGGUGAUUUAGUUAGAGAGAAUGACAAGUAUAUGUUAUAUUUUUUGAAAGAGAAUGAUAAGCUGAUUAAGCGAGCAGCUAUAAAACUCAUGACAGCUGGUCAUGGCCAGAGGUUCCUCUCAAAUUCAUAUAGUACAAUUGGUAAAAAGUAUUGUUCCAGUCAGAGAUUGCCAGAUUUACUUCUUUAUGUUGAGCAGACUGUAUGCAGCUGCGCAUCUCUGGGUUUUGUUGGAACACCUGGGUCAACAAUUGCUGAAAACAUAGAACUCAUGAGAAAAUUUGGCUCAAGUUCUCAGAAAUGUUGAUGGUUUUGUGGAAAAGCAGUUAAUGCUGAUAGGCUUUUUAGGAUUGAUGAGGUGAGAGUUCAAUCAUGUUUGUACUAGAAGAUUGUUGAAUACGCGCCAUGUUCGGAGAUAUCUGUUCUUUCCUCAAAUUUUGAUGAUUCGUCAGCUUUGCGAGGCAACAGUCAUUUGUUAGGAGAUACACACUCUACAGUCAAGAGCAUUGUUAUUAUUUUAGUAGUAAUUCCUUCACAAAACACUUUUGGAAAGCACCUCAGAAUUUCUUUUUACCAAAAACUGAAAGCGUUAACCUUUCCAAGCAUACUCUCUUGAUGCCAACAGCGCUCCUGGUUUUUUACAUAAAUUGUUAAUUCAGAGUGACCAUUCUUGUUUGAUAUACCCAUAACCAGAAGUAUGAAAGAAGGAGGAAGUUGAAUUGCUACUUCGUGCAAGACAAGAACACUCCUAAAUUAUUUCCACAUCAAGGUGUAGUGUGCUUGAGGCAUAUGCUAAUUUACAAAAGUAUGAAUGUGUAGUCCCUUCCGAACUAUAAAUAGUGACUAAGGAUUUGUGUGGAUACUUAUUUUUCUUUCUUAUUUCCUUCUAAAAGUAUAUAAGGAAAAUUUUGUCUUCUAAAUAGAUCACGAGUGUAACCAUGCCAGUUUGAUUUAAGUUGCGUACUUUUUGUAUUACACCACCUCAACAGCAUGCUACUCUCUUUUUACACUUUAAGAAAUUAGUUUAUAUUAUAAUUGUUCAGAUCAUUGUGCCCCGUUUGGUGUAGGCACUUGCCUAAGCUACAAGGUGCUUAAAAUUGGAGCACAGCAUGUGAUAGUUUCUUGACAAUGUUUAUGGCAUCAACUCAGUUCAAUAUUCUGCAAGAGGAUGCUAUGACAAAAAGGAACGAAUGCUUAAUAAAUGCUACAUCUUUUAAUUAAUUUCCUCUUAAGGGUGUUUUAGCAUCUCAUGUAUUAGAAAACCACAUUAAAAUAUAGCAUCCUAGAACAUAUCCUUUAUCCAACAGUAAUUGGCUGAGAGUGUAAGAAACCUAGUAUGAACCAAGUAAUUUUAUAGUGUUUCACUCUCUCAUCGGAAAAAAACACAAAUGCAGUGCAUUAUAAGAGAUACAUUUUCAAUUAUACUCUUAUUUC